AUGAAACUCUCCUGCGCUUUCGUUGCUGUUGCAGCUCUGGUAGCUACAGCGGUUGAGGCUAACCCCGAAACUGAACGUCGUCGGAGCUGUGCUCUGCCUACUACCUACCGCUGGACCUCAUCAGCUCCACUCGCUCAGCCUAAGGAUGGCUGGGUUUCACUGAAGGAUUUCACACACGUGCCUUACAACGGACAGCAUCUGGUUUAUGCCUCUUACCACGACUCCACCAAGUACGGCUCAAUGGCCUUCUCGCCCUUCAAACACUGGGCAGACAUGGCCACGGCGACUCAAACGGGCAUGACACAGGCGGCUGUUGCUCCUACCGUCUUUUACUUUACCCCAAAGAAGCUCUGGUUCUUGGUCUCUCAAUGGGGUUCGGCACCUUUCACCUAUCGAACUAGCACCGACCCAACCAAGGUCAACGGUUGGUCGGCUCCUCAGCCCUUAUUCACGGGCAAGGUGGCCGACUCGGGUACGGGACCCAUUGACCAGACCGUCAUCGCCGAUGACCGGAAGGUGUAUUUGUUCUUUGUUGCCGACAACGGCAAGGUCUACCGCACCUCGAUGGCCAUUGGCGACUUCCCUGCCAACUUCGGGACCGCUUCUGAGGUCAUUCUCAGCGACACACAGGCGAAGCUGUUCGAAGCGGUGCAGGUGUACACAGUGGCUGGGCAAAACCAGUAUCUCAUGAUUGUCGAGGCUCAGGGCACCAACGGCCGCUACUUCCGUUCGUUCACGGCCAACAGCCUCGAUGGAGAGUGGAAGGUGCAGGCUGGCUCCGAGAGUGCCCCUUUUGCCGGCAAGGCCAACAGCGGUGCCAGCUGGACCAACGAUGUAAGCCAUGGUGAUCUUAUUCGCUCCAAUCCGGACCAGACCAUGACCAUCGACCCUUGUAGGCUUCAGCUGCUUUACCAGGGCCGAGACAAGAACAAAGUGCCCAGCAGCUACGACCUCGCUCCCUACAGGCCCGGUCUUCUCACCUUGUACGGUCUGUGA